AGGCUUCUAUGGCAUGUUGCUGGGUCAGGGAUUUGCACAAUAGAAGCCCUACAUACUUUUUUCACAUUGAGCAGGUAUAAAAGUAACGGUUACCACUGACAGAAACACACAGCAGCCACAGCUCAGUCCUGAGGAACAACCAACCAACCAUGACCAUGGGCAAGAUCAUCUUCUACGAGGACAGGAACUUCCAGGGUCGCCACUAUGAGACCAGCAGCGACUGCCCUGAGCUGACCUCCUACCUGAGCAGGUGCCACUCCUGCAGGGUGGAGAGCGGCUGCUUCAUGGUCUACGACCGCUCCAACUACAUGGGAAACCAGUAUUUCAUGAGGAGGGGCGAGUACGCUGACUACAUGAGCAUGAUGGGAAUGUCAGACUGCAUCAGGUCUUGCCGUAUGAUCCCCAUGCACAGGGGAUCCUACAGGAUGAAGAUCUACGAGAGGGAGAACUUCGGUGGUCAGAGUUACGAGCUGAUGGACGACUGCGACAACAUCAUGGACCGCUACCGUAUGUCUGACUGCAUGUCCUGCAACGUGAUGGACGGCCACUGGCUGAUGUACGAGCAGCCCCAAUUCAGAGGCAGGAUGAUGUACCUGAGGCCCGGAGAGUACAGGAGCUUCAGGGACAUGGGCAUGAGUGGCAGCAGGUUCAUGAGCAUGAGGCGUAUCAGGGAUUCCUGCAACUAA